AUGAUACCACUCAGAAAACCACUUCCCCACCUCCUCUUCAAACCCAAUUUCAAAUCUUCAUCACUCCAAGCACUUGUUUCAUACUCAACAAAAUCUGAAACAAGCAGUACCCAGAUAUCAAAUUCACCAAAACAAGCAAACCCCAUAUUCAAAAUCGCACCUUUUGAUCCUAUUUCACCAGCAUUCCUUCAAACCGGGUCAGUGUUGUCAUAUGCUGGUUCUAAAUCCUGUUUUAACAAUGAUUCUCAUGUUAUCGAUACCCACUUGCAUAAAUCUCCAAAGCAAGAAAAAUCAGUUUCUAGAGCCACCAAAUAUGGUCCAAUUUUAUACAGACUAAUACCAAACAGGCCAUUGUCAACUGCAAAUUCUGACCCGUCACGUUCCAAACCAUUGGAUUCUGCGGAGCCAGCUGAACCGCUUUCUUCAGAGUCAAUCCCAGCUGUUUCCACCGUAACUUCACCAUAUGAUAGUUCACAGCCAAUUGAUGCAGGCUCUUCAAUCCGGAAACCGAUCAGUUUAUGGCCCGGAAUGUACCAUUCACCUGUAACAAAUGCUCUCUGGGAAGCAAGAUCAAAAAUGUAUGAGAAACUCGGGGACACGCCAAUUGACGCUCCUUCACAGAGUGAAUUGGUGGCGAGAACUCCGGCGCAGAGCCGGACUAGUAUUCUCUACAAGUUUUCAUCUGAUUAUAAACUCAGAGAGCAGUACAGGAACCCUUGGAAUGAGAUUAGGAUGGGGAAGUUGGUUGAGGAUCUCGAUGCUCUUGCUGGAACCAUUGCAUACAAGCACUGCUGCAAUGAAGAUGGCGCAACGAGGCCUCUACUAUUGGUGACUGCUUCUGUUGACAAGAUGGUUCUGAAAAAACCUAUCCGUGUUGACACUGAUUUGAAUCUAGGUGGUGCUGUUGCAUGGGUUGGGAAAUCAUCCAUGGAGAUUCAACUGGAAGUCACUCAAUCCAUGCAUGGAACCCCACACCCAUCAGAGUCCAUUGCUCUUAUAGCAAACUUCACAUUUGUGGCUCGUGAUUCUGAGACUGGAAAAUCUGCUCCGGUUAACCAAAUCUCACCUGAGACUGAAAAGGAAAAAUUGCUUUGGGAAGAGGCAGAUAAGAGGAACAAAAUGAGGAAAAAGAAGAGAGGAGCAUAUAAAACAGAUAUUGAAAACCAAGACGCAAACAGAUUCAAUGCCUUGUUAGCCGAAGGUCGAGUUUUCUGCGACAUGCCAGCACUGGCAGACCGAGAUAGCAUUCUUAUUAGGGAUACGUGCCUGGAGAACUCCUUUAUUUGCCAGCCACAGCAAAGGAACAUCCAUGGUCGGAUCUUUGGAGGAUUUUUAAUGCGAAGAGCAUUUGAACUGGCCUUCUCAACAACGUAUGCAUUUGCUGGUGUAGCACCACACUUUCUAGAAGUUGAUCAUGUUGAUUUUGUUAGACCUGUGGAUGUAGGAAACUUCCUACGUUUGAAGUCUUGUGUUCUCUAUACAGAACUUGAGAACCCAGCUGAACCUCUGAUAAACGUGGAAGUCGUUGCUCAUGUGACACAGCCUGAGCUUAGGUCCAGUGAGGUAUCAAACAAAUUCUAUUUCACAUUCUCUGCCCCUCCUGAAGCCAUGAAAGAUGGGAUCCGGAUUCGAAAUGUUGUUCCUGCUACAGUAGAGGAAGCACGUCGGGUGAUUGAACGUAUGGAUGCUGAAGAGAAAUCCCAGUUUGUUGCAUCGUGA